CCCCCCUGCUGUCGUCUCGCUGGCCCUCCCACCUGGGUGAUGUCACCAUGCGCACCCCCCCCCUCCAUCUCCCCAGGGGGCUGAGCACCGACAGCUAGUCUGAGGCGCGAUGGGGCGGCGAGCCGCCGAGCCCACCCAUCCUGUGCCAGUGCUGGGCCUCCCAUUGGCACCCGGGAGGGGCUGGAAUGCUGGGAGUGAGGUGAAAGGUCAGACAGGCCAGGUGUGUGCAGAGGAGCGUCAGCGGAGCCUCGCGCUGUCUCCACGGCGAUGGGGCUCCCUGACGUUCCCGGGGCUGUGCAGCGUGGCCGUGCAGACGUCGCCCGGCCUCCGGGGGCAGCUGCCCACCUCCAAGAGGGCGAGAUGCCCCAACACAGGAAGUGCAUCCCAGCCAGCCAGUCACAGUGCUCAAAGGAGAAAAGGGGGAGCUACCAGGGCCAGAGAGGGAGGAGUGACCUCGAGUGACUCAGGAAGAGGCGCUGCUUAUGAUGUCAAAGGCAGAGGGGUUUCCCGCAACCGGGGGGGCGGGGCUUUGAAUGACAUCAUUGAGCACGCAGACUACAUGGAGACAGUGGGAGGAGCCCACAGAAAUAGCAAUACCGCUGGAGUUUCUCAGCAACCGGAGGGAGGGGCUUCCGAGGAAGUGGGCGUGGCCUCGCGGGAGAAAGGGAGGCGGGGCUCCAGGUAUGCCAAUGGGAGUGUGGUUGCCCCAGAGACAGUGGGAGGGGUCUGUAGAGAUGGCAGUGACGAGGCUGUAGAGAAAGUGGGUGUGGCCAAUGCCAGCAAAGAGAACCAGACGGGGAAGCUGAGAACAGGGUGCAAUAAAAGUGGGCAUCACAGCGUCACAGUGUCGAGGAGCAAAGAGCCAGAGCUCCCCAAGAAAGAACCCUCCACUCACCCUGCAGACUGCCCCCCCAGACACCCCCCCGCUGUACCCCCCCGCUGCUGCACACAGUGUGGCAGACGAAAGUCUGUGGCUCCCCCCUGCCUGGCCACACACUGCCGGAGGAGGCGGAGCAGGGGGAAUCAGAGUGCCCCUUCAGUCCCUACAUGCAACGCAGACUGUCCCCCUAAAGACAUCCCCUCCAGGGAAUUGGGGACCUCCCCCCAAAGACAUCCUGUCCCCCCACCGCCAGCCCCCCAUCCCUCACCCUCCGGCUCCAGCCACAGAAUCCACAGUGCCAAAGGUUCCCAGGGCGACCCGCUCCGGGCCAGCUCUGCUCCCCCAAAGCCCACAAGCACAGGUUCCCCAGCCCCAGAUGCCCACCCUACCCAUGCCGGGCCUCCCCAGCCCCCCUCGCCCCUGCGGAACGGGGCCCCUGCGGGCCUGUCGGGGCGCCUGCUGCGAGUGGAGGAAAGCCUGCUGUCCAACCAGGAGAAGAUCCGAGUGCUGCUCAACGUCAUCCAGGACCUGGAGAGGAGCAAGGCCCUGAGCGAGGGACGCUGUUCAUACCGGACUGGCCAGGACCUCAAUAACUGCCCCACCUGCCAGAAAACAGCCUGUAUCAUUUACAGGUGAGACUGAUGCUCUGGCUCAUCGGCAGACUGAAAACACUGAGUGAUGCACUGAGAGACUGAGUCAUUUACAGACACACUCAGGGACUGACCGACACACUGCGCGACUGACCGACACAUUGAGCGACGCACCGGUGACUGACCAACAUACCAAGUGACUGAGUCACUCCUGGACACACUCAGUGACUGACUGACACACUGAGCGACACACUGCGCGACUGACCGACACAUUGAGCGACGCACCGGUGACUGACCAACAUACCAAGUGACUGAGUCACUCCUGGACACACUCAGUGACUGACUGACACACUGAGCGACACACUGCGCGACUGACCGACACACUGCGCGACGCACCGGUGACUGACCAACAUACCAAGUGACUGAGUCACUCCUGGACACACUCAGUGACUGACCAACACACUGAGUGACCGAGCGACGCAUCGAGCGACGCACCGGUGACUGACCAGCGCGCUACACUGUAUCUACACUGGAGGAGCGGGGCUCGAGGGUCUCGGGACAGUUUUCUGGUUGAUCUGCUGUGGGGAUGUUUGCUCUGUCUCUCCUGUCUCGGCCCGGCUGGUUUCAGACAGAGCAGAAGCAGAGUGUGGCUCACGAGUAUUUAGACUCGUCCUCGACACUCGGGACCCCCCGGACAACUGUACCUAGACCCCCCCAGGGCCCUGUCAGAGCGAGGUGGGACAGGGCUGCAGCACAGAGAGAGGAGGAGUGCAAACAGAGCCUCCAGAGCCUCCUACUGUCUGUCCUCCCCCACACAGAUCACAGCAGCACAGCUGAGGACCUGCUGGACAGCUGUUUGUGUCUCUCUCUGUCCCUCCUCUCCCUUCCCGUCCCUCUCUGUCAUCCCAUCUGUCCCUUCCU